AUGGCAGAUUCUAUUGAAACCAACAAUGAUUCAGCAUUACCAACUUACAAACUCAGAAAUAAUGUAGAUGUAAUUGAGCCUCUAACAAGAUACGUAAAAUGGUGUGACGACAAAUCGAAAAAAUCAGGAUUUUUUUUACGAAACGAGUGUCAAGAAAUUCUGGGAUCCAAAGGCAUAAUAUUAUUAAAGCAUCAUGAAAUUGAUCCUAAACUAAUUGAAAUAAUGGGGGAAGAUAAUAUCAAACUUCUGAAAGAGACAGUAGAAGAGAAGUAUAUUGACAAAGAUGCUAAAGUUGGUGACAAUACUUACACAGAGCUGUCUAGAUUACUAAGAGGAGUGGAUGAAAAAUCAAAGAGAAACAAGUUGAAACUUGACAUUAUGGAUCUUUAUAUAACAUCUUCGGAAGAUGAUUUUAAAAUCCUUGAUAUCUACAUAAAUUGCAUAAAUAAGUUGCCAAAUUUCAAAAAGGUUGAUCAAAUUAGUGAAAUGGAACUUACCACAAACUACAUCGAUCCUAUCCUGUCACCACUACUGCAUAUUCCCGAAAUAAACAGGCAUCUAUUGUGGCUUAAUAGAAAAGAAGAAAACACGAGCUCCUCUCGGCCCGAUGGUGUGAUGAAAUAUUUUAACCAAAAGUCAAAUGGUGUGACGCUUGGAUAUUGUGAAGUAAAGCCCACAGACUCAUUGAACAGUAUUGACUUAUUAUGCCAAGAUUUGGUGCGAUUAGCUCUAUUCUCCCGAAACAUCAUGUUUCGAAAAACAAACCGUAUAUCUUGCUGUUUACAAAUAGUUGGUAAUUUAUUUAGUAAACUAUAUUAA